CUCCGAGCUCCGCGAUCUACUCCGUGCAGCUACUCACCCUUCCUUCAGCAGAGGUCCUAGCGGAGCCCCCGCCUUCCUGGCCGCCUCCGGAGACCGGCCGCCCCGCGGCCCUGAAGCUCCGCAGCCCCCAACCGCCCCUGGUCAGGCCCUCCGCGGGACGAGGAGAGUCCCUCCACCUCUCUGUUGACCGCAGAGCGUCGCCAAGGCAACGGGAAGCCGCGGCUAGGAAGGCAAGCCGGAGGAUUUAGACUACGCCAGCAGCUGUGAUUCAAAACUGAAAACAGAAGAAUGAAAAUAAAAGACAAAAUAAUAAUUCAGAAGUACUACUUAAAUGUCUUCAAUGGAAUAUUCUUGGCUCUGGGUCUUAUGCUUUUGACAUUUGGCCUGUGGCUUAUAUUUGACAGAAACAAUUUAUUCAGUGUCUUAUUUUCUACAGGCACGAACCAACUAGUGGCAUUUAUUUCCUAUAUAUUACUGGGAAUUGGAUCUGUUAUUACUUUUACAUCAGCCAUGGGAUUACUUGGAAGUGUUGUGGAAGUCAAAUGUCUACUAGUUACGUAUGUCAGUUUUCAAAUUCUAGUGUUUCUUACGCAUCUGGCAAUACUGUUGCUUAUAUUUGCGAAGAAGGAAGAGGUCCACAAUCAAUGGAACAACAGAAUUGAUGAAGUUAUUUCUGAAUAUGGGAACAAGAGUCAGGCUGAGCAGGAACCUGUGUGGAACAUUCUGAAUGCUGUGCAGCACAAUAUGGAAUGCUGUGGAAGAUACAACGUUACGCAGUGGGAAAGGAAUAAAAACAAGGAAAACAUCACUCAGAUCCCAUGUUCAUGCACAAAAUCCAGUCUGAAGAAAUGGUUUUGUGAUGUCCCAAGGGGUUCAACGUACAGCAUGGGAUGUGAAGAACAUUUAAAUACAUGGUUUGAAAACAAUGUUUUGAUCUUAACUGCAAUUACUAUCAGCCUGCUAAUUACACAGAAAUUAUGAAUAUUCUUGACAAGUUCACCUCAAAGGCUGGAGAACCAGGUCAGCCAAAGAGAUACAUAAUCUCAGAAGGACCCUGACACCAAUGCUUACUUUUCAGUUUUCUUCCUGUAAUCCUCCUGUUUCAUGAAGGAAAUGGAAACCUGCAGCUCAGCUCUGCCACUUUAGAGGCAGAAAUCACCAACACUUCUGUUUUGCUUCCUUCUGAUUGAAGGUGAAGGUAAAACAAGCAUUCAAGAUGUAACUAAGAGAUAUAGGAACUGUAACCCUGUUGAAAUUUUACUGUCAGAACCUGCUUAUUGCUAUAAUCUCACGUCUAAGACUUGUAUAACUAAUGGAGUGCUACAAAUUUGCAUAGUUUUUGUCUCCCUUACUUGAGUGGGCCAAGUGGCAUGUCAGGACAGAUGCUUCCCAAAUCAAAGGU